GCUUGCGUGAAUUGCAGGAGUUUGACAGAAACAGACCGCGACGUCGCGGAGGCAGAGUGUAUGGCGGAGGCUGUGAAGCCCCGCCGGGCCAAGGCCAAGGCCAGCCGGACCAAAGGCAAGGAAAAGAAGAAGCAUGAAGCCCUUCAGAGCUCUGACGCAGCUCUCCUUUCAGAGACGUGUAGAGAGCAGGGAAUCCUGUCUCCAGCUCCUGAACUCAAAGGGGAUGGACUGAAUGUAUCGGCUGCUUCCCAGCUCCACAGCGAUGUGUGUGGAUGGAAUGAAAGCGAAAUGUUUGAUAUACCACUCACCUCCUUGACUGUAGGGGAUGAAGGACCCCUGAUACAGGACACAGAGGACCUAAAGGACAGGGGCGAGGUGGCAGCCCGUGAUGGAGAUGAUGAAAUCGAGUUGACGGUCGACCCUGGAGACAAUGUCAGAACUGAAGGUGACCCUUCCAAGAACUUUACAGAAGUAGAGGAACGCACACUCAUACAAUGUGGGUCUCCAGAAAACACACUGCAGUCUGACUUUCCCUGCACUCAGCAGGAAGGGGCAAGUUCACAAGUCAGAGAAAGUCCGACUAGGAAAGAAGAUGCGAAGGCCCUUGGCUGUUCAACGGUGCUUCAGGAUGUUAGCUUGCACAGUCCUUAUGAAACCAAAGAAGUUCCUCAGCCACCUAGAGUGAAGAAACUCUAUCCCGAGUUGCCGACUGAGAUUGCUGAAGUACCAGCAUUGGUGGCAGUGAAGCCAUUGCUCCGUAGUGAGCGACUCUACCCAGAACUCCCGUCACAACCGGAACUGGCACCCUUCACUAAAGAGCAGCUCAAGCUCUUGGAGCCUGGCUCAUGGCUGGAAAAUGUUGAGUCUUAUGUAGAAGAAUUUGAUAACAUUGCUCAUCAGGACAGACAUGAGUUUUAUGAGUUGCUUUUGAAUUACUCACGAUGCAGGAAGCAGUUGCUGUUGGCUGAAGCCGAGCUGCUCACUCUGAUGUCUGACUGCCAAAAUGCCAAGAGUCGACUGUGGAGCUUUAAGGAUGAACAGAUGGCCGUGCAGGGUAUCUGUGCAGAUCAAGUGAAAGUUUAUGGUCAUCACCACUACCAGAGAGUAGAGAUGAAUGAGAAUGCCCUGGGAGAACUGAAGAAGCUAUUCGAUGCCAAAUCUGAGCACCUCCACCAGACCCUGACCCUCCAUUCCUACACUUCUGUGCUUUCGAGGUUGCAAGUGGAGUCCUAUAUCUACACACUGCUCAACAGCUCAGCCAUUCUGAGGUCUGUAGCAGUUUAUCAGGCAGACCAAGUUUCUAAGCUGACGGAAAGCAUCCCCUCUGACGUGUGUCAGCUGAAGGAGUGCAUUAGUGUCUUGUUCAUGUUCACCAGGAGAGUGAGUGAGGAUGCCCAGUUCCAUGAGGACAUCCUGCUCUGGCUGCAGAAGCUGGUGUCAGUGCUACAGAGAAUUGGCUGUCCUGGAGAUCACUUCUUUCUCUUAAACCACAUUCUUCGGUGUCCAGCUGGCAUUAGCGAGUGGGCUGUUCCUUUUAUACAGAUCAAAGUGUUGAAUAACCCUUCAGGGGUCUUUCAUUUUAUGCAGUCCCUGGCCCUGCUGAUGUCUCCUGCCAAAAACCGAGCAGAGUUUAUGUGCCACAUGAAGCCCAGUGAAUGGAAGCCGUCAUCUUCAGGGCCAGCCUCUGGGAACUGGACACUUGUAGAUGAAGGAGGGGAAGAGGAUGAAGACCCCGAGACCAGUUGGAGUCUCCUUAAUGAAGAUGACUUGGUUACCCUUUUGUCCCAGUUUCCCUUUCAUGAGCUCUUUCAGCAUCUUCUUGGGUUUAAAGCAAAAGGUGAUUAUUUACCUGAAACAACAAGGCCCCAAGAGAUGAUGAAAAUUUUUGCCUUUGCCAACUCAUUAGUGGAGCUUCUGGCUGUGGGACUAGACACCUUUAACAGAGCCCGCUAUAGACAGUUUGUGAAGCGCAUUGGAUACCUGAUCAGGAUGACCCUUGGCUAUGUCAGUGACCACUGGGCACAGUAUGUGAGCCACAACACAGAUGUGAGGCUGACACUACAGCCCUACUCCAUGGAGAAACUGCAGAUCGAGUUUGACGAGCUGUUUCUCAGAGCUGUCCUACAUGUCCUGAAAGCCAAAAGACUUGGCAUUUGGCUGUUUAUGUCUGAGAUGCCCUUCGGCACGCUGUCGGUCCAGAUGCUCUGGAAGCUCUUCUACCUCAUGCACCAGGUGGAGAGUGGGAACCUGCAGCAACUCUGUGCCUCCCUGCAGCCGGUCGAGUGCAAGAGGCAGCUCCAAGACCCAGAACAUGUUGCGAGCUUUGAGAAGUGUCUUUCCUCCAUGAACAGCUCAGAGGAGAUCUGUCUCCUGACGACCUUUGCCCAGAUGGCUCGGGCCAGAAGAACUAAUGUGGACGAAGGCUUUAUUAAAAUCAUUGUUCUAGAAAUCUAUGAGGUAUCUUACGUCAUACUGUCCACCAGAGAGACUUUUUCAAAGGUUGGUCGAGAGCUUUUGGGGUCCAUCGCAGCUGUUCACCCUGAGAUUAUUUCUGUCCUUUUGGAUAGAGUGCAAGAGACCAUUGACCAAGUUGGAAUGGUCUCUUUAUACUUGUUUAAAGAGCUGCCUUUGCACCUUUGGCGGCCCUCUGCCUCGGAGAUAGCUGUGAUUCGGGACUGGCUACUGAGCUAUAAUCUGGCAGCAGUGAAGAACAAGCUGGCCUGUGUGAUCCUAGAAGGACUGAAUUGGGGAUUUGCCGAACAGGGUAACCUUCAUUUGGAUCAAGCAUUGCACACUGAAGUGGCCUUACUAGUGCUCGAGGCUUAUCAGAAAUACCUGGCACAGAAGCCCUAUGCCGGGCUUAUUUCUGAAAGCAUGAAACAGGUUUCCUAUUUGGCCAGUAUUGUUCGAUAUGGAGAGACUCCUGAAACCUCAUUUAACCAGUGGGCCUGGAAUUUAAUCUUGAGGUUAAAAUUACACAAAAAUGAUUUUGGAAGACAGAACUUUCUGGUCGUUCCCUUCUGCAACACAGUACCUGACAUGACAGAAUCCUCCAUGUUUCAUCCUCUCUUGAAGGCUGUGAAAUCAGGCUUGCCCAUUGGCUGCUAUCUCGCUCUAGCUGUGACAGCUGUUGGCCACAGCAUUGAGAAGUUCUGUGCAGAAGGCAUCCCACUGUUGGGCGUUCUGGUGCAGUCCCGGCAUCUGAGGGCAGUGGUCCAUGUCCUGGAUAAGGUCCUCCCUGUGUUCUACCCCUGCCAGUACUACCUUCUGAAGAAUGAGCAGUUUUUGUCGAACCUUCUCCUCUUCCUACACUUGGACAGUGGUGUUCCUCAGGGGGUCACCCAGCAGGUCACCCACAGGGUGGCACAUCAUCUGACAGGAGCCAUCCAUGGAGACAAUGUGAAGCUUCUCAACAGCAUGAUCCAGGCACACAUAUGUGUGAGCACUCAGCCGGAUGAAGUAGGUCCUGUGGCUGUGUUGGAGUUCUGGGUCCAGGCUCUCAUAAGCCAGCAUCUGUGGUACCGAGAACAGUCCAUCCUCUUUCUCAUGGACCACUUGUGUAAGACAGCUUUUCAGCUGAUGCAGGAAGAUUGUGUUCAAAAAUUGCUCUACCAACAGCACAAGAAUGCUUUGGGUUACCACUGUGACCGGAGUCUACUCUCUUCCUUGGUGAACUGGAUUGUGGCAGGAAACAUUACUCCUUCCUUCGUGGAGGGCUUGUCCACGUCCACACAGGUUUGGUUUGCAUGGACUGUGUUGAACAUGGAAUCCAUCUUUGAAGAGGACUCUCAGCUCCGAAGAGUUGUUGAAAGGGAAUUGGUUAUAAAUGCUUUUAGCCCUGACCAAGCUCUAAAGAAAGCCCAGGCCCAGCUGAAGCUGCCCAUCGUCCCGUCUCUGCAGCGGCUGCUGAUUUACCGCUGGGCCCACCAGGCUCUGGUCACCCCUGCUGAUCAUCCUCUUCUGCCACUCAUUUGGCAGAAGUUCUUCCUCCUGUAUCUCCAUCGCCCAGGACCACAAUAUGGGUUACCUGUGGAUGGUUGUAUUGGAAGAAGGUUUUUUCAAAGUCCCUCGAAUGUCAAUUUGUUGAAAGACAUGAAGAGACGACUGACAGAGGUGGCUGACUUCCACUAUGCUGCAAGCAAGGCCCUCCGUGUUCCAGCAGAGGGCAGUGAAGGGACACCAGAGCGGCAGGCUGCCACCCCUGGUUUCCUGACUUCCCCAGAACUGCACAGGGAGCUAGUGAGGCUCUUCAAUGUGUAUAUAUUAUGGCUAGAAGACGAAAAUUUUCAGAAAGGGGAUAUCUAUAUUCCUUCCUUGCCAAAGCAUUAUGAUGUUUACAGGCUAGCAAAAGUGAUGCAGAAUCAGCAGGACCUGUGGAUGGAGUACGCGAAUAUGGAGCGCAUCCAGCAUGAGUUCCAGGAGACAGUUGCUCUGUGGACACAGGCCAAGCUCGAGUCCCAUUCUGUGCCUUGCAGCUCUUCAGCCCAGCUGGAUUUCACUGACCCUUUGCUGGCUAAAGAAAGGGUCCUAAGUAACCUACAGAGGCAUGAGGCUCCACAUCCUCCUCUUGUUCUGCACCCCAUGAGGCCUCCUGUGCCACUCAUUGCCUCAGCCGUGCUGCUGGCCCAGAAGGAUGCCACCCAGCUGAUGUGCGCAGACCUGAAUUUGUUGCAGCAGCAGGCCAGAACUGCCACUCUCCGGGAGUCGCAGCAGGUUGCCUUGGACGGUGAGCUGUUGGAGGCCAUGCCCAAACAGUAUGUUAACCGAGAAGAGCAGGCCACCCUGCAUCUGGAGUGCAGAGGCAGCAGUGGCAAGAAGUGCCAAGGAGCAGCGGUCGUGACAGUUCAGUUUGAAGGCAUGUGCAAGAAUGAAGCCAUAAGCCAGCAGGUCCAUGUUCUGCAGAAAGAAGUGUGGCAGUUCCAAGCAGAAGCCACUCAGCCCCCAGCGCUAAAUGUUGUGGAGGCCGCUGUGCAUGCAGAAAACCUGAUCACGGCCUUAGUGAACACUUAUAAGUUACAGCCUACGCCUGGAGUUCAGAAAGUUGGCAUCAGCCUUUUCUUUACUGUGGUGGACUACGUGAGUGAGGAGACCCAGCGCCAUCCUCCUACCAGGCAGUUCUUCACGUCGUGCAUCGAGAUCUUGGGACAGGUGUUUAUUAGCGGCACUGAGUCCGAGUGCAGGAAGCUGCUACAGACCAUCCUGAAGAACAGGCGGCUGUGCUCUCUGCUCUCUCCUUUCUUCACCCCCAAUGCUGCGCCCGCCGAGUUCAUCCCACUGUACGAGAAAGUGGCCAAGUGUCUGAGCGAGGACAACAGUGACCUGGUCUUCAUGCUGCUCACCAAGUUCGAUGUUCAGCAGUGGUUAAACAGCACUAAACCCCCUCUGUCUGACCGCACCAGGCUCCUGGAGUCCAUUCACUUGGCACUCACUGCCUGGGGCCUUGAACCAGAGGAAGAUAUUAUGAUGCCAUUUAAUCUCUUCUGUAAGCACUGGACUCACCUCCUACUCUACCAGUUCCCUGACCAGUACAGUGACGUCCUCAGGCUGCUGGUGCAGAGCUCCGCAGAGCAGCUGCUGAGUCCUGAGUGCUGGAAAGCCACUUUGAAAGCCCUGGGCUGCUAUGCUCCGAGCAUCCAGCAGGGGGCGGCCUCCGUGGAGAGCUCUGUGCUUCACAGCGCCUCGGAUGUUCUCCUGUCAGACAAGCAGGUAACGGAGACAGUACAGUGGCUUUCUGACUUCUUUUAUAAGCUUCGGUUAUCCAAGUUGGACUUUAAAAGCUUUGGAUUAUUCUCAAAGUGGAGCCCUUACAUGGCUGAUGUGAAGACCUUUUUGGGAUACCUCGUGAAAAGGCUGACUGACUUAGAACUAGCCUCCUUGGCCCAGGACCCAACUGCCAGCAGCAAAGAAGUGCUGAGAUCUCUGCACUCACAGAUCAUCCAGCUUUUUAAGCCUUGGAUCCUGGUUUUAGAAGACACUGAAAGUAGCCACCAGCGACAUUACCCCUGGCUGGAGAGUGAUGCCGUGGUGGCCUCCAGCCUUGUGCAACUCUUCACUGACUGUAUCAGCUCACUGCACGCGAGUUUUAAAGACAAGCUGUUGCCAGGGGACGAAGGAGCCCUGCGCUUGCACCUGCUGCAUUACAGUGAAGCAUGCACAGCACCCAGGAUGCCAGAGUUCAUUCUCUACGCCUUUCACAGUGCAUACCAGAAGCUCGAGUGGAAGGACCUGCACCCUGACCAGAGACUCAUGGAGGCCUUCUUCAAGGUGGAGCGUGGGAGCCCCAAGAGUUGUUUCCUGUUUCUGGGGUCUGUACUUUGUAGAGUCAACUGGGUUAGUGUGUUGUCUGAUGCCUGGAGUCCCAGCCCCCUUCCUGAGACCCAGAGCAUGGUUGUCUGCCUCCUUUUCAUGAUGGUUUUACUGGCGAAGGAGGCUCAGCUAGUCGACGAGACGGACUCACCUUUGCUGAGUCUCCUGGGACAGACGAGCUCACUCUCCUGGCAUCUUGUGGACUUUGUGUCAUACCAGAGCGUGCUGGGUUACUUCAGCAGUCAUUACCCACCAUCCGUCAUCCUGGCGCAGGAUUGCUCUGCCGAGCUGAUAGUGAGGCUCUUAAAAGUCUCUGCAGGAUUUUCUCUUCCUGCUGACAGCCGGAAGCAUGUUGACAUAGUUCCAAAGUGCCAGGCUUUCACCCAUCAGAUGGCCCAGUUCCUCAGUGCCCUGGAGCAGGACGGGAAAGUCGCCUUCCCAGCACUAGGGCAGGAAGUGUCUAAGCUUUUGGAUGACAUCAUUACCUUUAACCCACCCGACAUGGACAGCCAGACCCGCCACAUGGCCCUCAGCAGCCUUUUCAUGGAGGUCCUAAUGAUGAUGAACAGUGCAGCCGUUCCCACAGCAGAAUUCCUCGGUGUCAGUAUUCGGACCUGGAUUGGCCAAAAAGUGCAUGGGUUGGUGGUGCUGCCCCUUUUAACAGCGGCCUGCCAAAGCCUGGCAUCAGUCCGCCACAUGGCAGAGACCACAGAAGCCUGCAUCACUGCCUACUUCAAGGAAAGCUCCCUCGAUCAGAAUUUAGGAUGGGGCCCCAUUCUGGUGUCCCUUCAAGUUCCUGAGCUCACCAUGCAAGAGUUUCUGCAGGAGUGUUUAGCCCUUGGUAGUUGUUUGACUCUCUAUGUCUACCUGCUUCAGUGUCUAAACAGUGAACAGACUGUGAAGAACGAGAUGAAAGUGCUCCUCAUCCUCAGCACGUGGCUGGAACACGUGUACCCAAGCUCUGCACAGGAGGAGGCAAAGCUGCUUCUGUGGUGGCACCAGGCCCUGCAGCUGUCUCUGGUUCAGCUGGAGCAGGACGACUCGGUGCUGACGGAGUCCGUCAUCCGGAUCCUGCUCAUGCUGCAGGGCAGGCAGAGCCUUAUGGCCGAGGAGAGGCUCAGCUCUGGGAUUCUGGGGGCAAUUGGGUUGGGCCGGAAAUCACCACUGUCCAACAGGUUCCGAGUGGUUGCCCGAAGUAUGGCCGCCUUCCUGUCAGUUCAGGUGCCUGCAGAAGACCAGAUUCGUCUGAAGCCCAGCUCUGAAUUACAUCUCACUCCGAAAGCUCAGCAGGUGCUGGCGGCUCUUGAGUCCAUGACGCUGAGUAAGCAGUAUGUGGAGUACCAGGACCAGAUACUGCACGCCGUCCAGUUUAUAAGACACCCUGGCCACUGCCUUCAGAAUGGGAAAAGCUUCCUGGCCUUUUUUGUUAACCGUCUCUACCCAGAAGUGCAUUAUCUGGACAACAUCCGGUAGUGGGCGGAAGCCCGCGAAGCACCGCGUUGCCCCUGUGUUUACAUUACCUGUGCUCUUGUGCAUGUAUCUUUGCUAUUUCACCACAGAGCUCAGUUCUGCCUGCCCCAACUGAGGUGCAGGGCAGGCAUCAGGUAGUCUGGGUGUGUGUGUAUUGUCUCUUACUGCCCGGCGGCCAUUUUAGUGCGAAUGCCCUUCCUCAAGGACAACUCAGUUGCCCUGCGGACAGAACCACUCACAUCUCGGGGCUGUGCCAUCAGCUCCCUAAGAACAACAGAUGGAGCUUUGGUCUGCACUUCCGUCUCCUGCUUUGUUUAAAUGUCAGGACUCCUGCAGAUCUGACCUCUGUGGGAGGCAUGAGAGCCCUCUUUGGACUCCACUGUAGUCUUCCGAUGUAAGCAUCCUGCAUUUCUCAAAUGUGGGAAAACACACCAGCUUAAAAGUAUUGUGUUACUGCUCUUAGAGUACAGAUGAUACACUGGAUUAAUUCAGGAGUGGGUACACACCUGUCCUCUGAGCUCAUAGGUGGCUGAAGUGGCAUGAUCGCAGGGGUGUGAGGCAGUAUGAAGUGUGCAUGGGGAGCACCUCAACAAACAGAACAGAGCAAAGAAGCCGAAUUGAAAUGAGUCCUGUGAGGACGGCAUGUCACUUAACCCUGCCCACCGUGGACA